AUUUAAUUUAUUUAAUUCAUUAUUUUACAGCACAUAUCGCCAAUCCCCCCACCAAAAUUCACUUUCUAGGUAUUCCCUGGAGAUAGAAGCUCUCCAACCAAUCUAGGUCUAGGAACAACGCUAUCCCGAUAAGCGAACCCCAACUUCUACGAUAACGCCUAUCACGAAAAAAUUAAUAAAUUCGCAGCCCGCUCAAGCUAUCCAGCAGCAUCCAAACGCUUUCCACUUUCAAAACCCUUUGCGCGCACAAAGGGACGGAAAGCUUUUGUGGAUUGCUAUUUGCGCCCACCUACCAAUUCCGGCAAGGCGAAUUUAUAUACAGCGCCCUCGCGACUUCCUCGACAUCUCCACGCGAGACGAAACACACGAGACGAAACACACGAGACGAAAUCCGAGGGGUGAAACUGAGGAUAAAAGAUAAGGCUGACAGCUACGAGACUGCCAUAGCAAACAUGUCCGAAUCUUUCCAAGAGCCGAAUUUGAAGAAGAGGAGCAUAGGUGCGAAUGGAGAGAAGGGACGGGUAGGGGAUAGCGGGGACGAGAAGAGGCGGCGGUUGGUGGGGGAGGACGGCGCGGUUAAUGGGAAUGGGGCGAAGAAGAUUUCGUUUGGGGAUAACGGUGGGGGAGGGGCUGUGAAUGGGAACGGGGCGAAAAAGACUUCGUUUGCUGAACCUACUGCUGUCAAUGGGAAUGGCGCAAAGAAGACUUCGUUUGCGGAGCCUGCUGUCAAUGGGAAUGGCGCGAAGAAGACUUCAUUUGCCGAAUCUCCUGUCAAUGGAAAUGGCGCGAUGAAGAUCUCUUUAGCGGAACCAGCAUCACCGGCCUCUAGCAGUGUCAGUGGAGGGAAGAAGACAUCAACGGAGGGAGCAGUGAAACUCGCGACAGCCCAAGUAAAUGGGAUCAAGAAGGCUGCGGCAGCUGAAUCUGCAACUUCAAACGACGCCCCCAAACCAUCACCCUUCGGCAAGAAACAAAAACCUACCGGUCUCGCCAACGGCGCCGCAGGGAGCCUACGCCCAAGCCAGCGCCUUCUCGACGAGAAAGAAAAGAAGAUCUUCCAAGAGCGACGCAAGCUCCCCAUCUGGCUGUCGGGGCCCGACAUCAAAUACGGACUCCGAUACAAAGGCAACAUUAUGCUCCUCGCCGGUGAAACCGGAAGCGGAAAAUCCACACAGGUCCCUCAAUUCCUGAUGAAUGAGCCUUGGAUGGUGCGCAAGAGCGUGGUCAUCAAGGGGGAGGAUGGGGAGGACAAGAGUGUCGCUGUGGGGGGUAUGAUUGCGAUUACCGAACCCCGACGAGUUGCUGCGAUUUCGCUGGCGCAGAGAGUGGCGGUAGAGACGGGGUCGUAUUUGGGCCCGCAUUGUAAUGAGAGGGAUAGGGUUGGGUAUGCGGUGAGGUUUGAGUCAAACGUGCCGAAGGGAGCGAAGAUUAAGUUUCUUACUGAGGGGAUGUUGUUGCAGGAGCUGCUGCGGGAUCGGCAUCUGAGGAAGUAUAGUUGUGUUGUUGUUGAUGAGGUUCACGAGAGGAGUGUGGAUGUGGAUCUUUUGCUGGGAUUUUUGAAGAAUAUCCUUACUGGAGAUUUGAGCGGGAGAGGUGGAAUCCCAUUGAAGGUUGUUAUUAUGUCGGCGACGGCAGAUAUCGAGAAGCUGCAGGAGUAUUUCACGAUUCCGGAAGCACUUCCUGCGCCCGCAACCACAAAUGGCGGUGGUAAACAGCGCAAGACGAAUGGAGUCAAGCCAACAGGCCUCAUCAAGGAGUGGAUUGCUACAACCUCUCCCCCACCAGAAGCUAUCUUAGACGGCGACGAUGAUGAAGGACACCCAGCCACGGAAUCAAGACGCUCCUCAGCAUCCUCCUACUCCUCCUGGUCCGGCCUCAGCGACACCAUCAAAGGCAGCUCGUCCUCCGCUGCUUCCGCCGCCGCUUCCCCCGCCAGCUCAACUCCCACCUCCUCACCUGCCGACAAUCUCGACACCACCGUCGCCGUCCCCUCAAAACCCGCCCUCGACAUCUUCGAUCUGAAGGGCAAAAACAACACAAUAACCUACCGCAUCUCCGGCCGCCAACACCCCGUCUCAACCCUCUACGUCCCCGCCGCCCUCCCUGACCUACUCGAAGCCUCCUUCCGCACGAUCUUCCACAUCCACACUACUGAGCCCAUGCCAGGCGACAUCCUCGUCUUCCUCAGCGGACAGGAUGAAAUUGAAUCUCUGCUCGCGCGCGUCGUCGCGCAGGCUGAGCAGUUGGUGAAGUCCUUCCCGCGAUUGGAAUGUACGCCGCUGUUUGGGCAAUUGAGUAUCGAGAAGCAGCAACUCGCUUUCGCGCGCCCGCUAGCUAAGAAUGCGAGGAAGUGCAUUUUGGCUACUAACAUCGCCGAGACUUCUAUUACAGUCCCAGGUGUACGCUACGUCAUUGAUACGGGGAAGGCGAAGGUUAAGGAGUACCGCCCACACUUGGGCCUACAAUCUCUCCUCGCCAAACCAAUCUCGCAAUCCUCCGCCAUCCAACGCCGCGGUCGUGCUGGUCGUGAAGCCCCUGGAAAAGUCUGGCGUCUCUACACCGAGGAACAAUACAACGCUCUCAGCUCCGUUGAACGCCCCGAGAUUCUGCGCGCGGAUGUCGUGGAGGCGGUGCUGAAGAUGAAAGCUAGAGGCAUCGACGAUAUUUUCAGCUUUCCCCUCCUCUCGCCCCCGCCAAGGGACGCGAUGCUGAAGGCCUUGACACAUUUAAAUACCAUUGGCGCCCUCUCUUCUACAGGGGAGCUGAAUGAGACCGGAAGGACAAUGGCACAGUUUCCACUUUCGCCGAACUACGCCCGCGUCUUAGUAGCAGCCUCGCGCACCUCCCCCGCCUGUCUCCUCGCCGCCAUCGACGCGAUUGCGGUGUUGAGUGGGGAUGAUAUAUUCAUCCAGCCCACCUCUGAAGAAGCACGUCUCGCGGCCGAAGACGCGCGUAAAGACCUGUUAAGGCGCGAAGGCGACGUCCUCACACAGCUCACGACGAUGCAGAAGUAUGUCCGCGAGGCGGCGGGGGAGAGGAAGAGGUGGUGUGGUGUUCGGGGUGUGAAUGCCAGGCAUAUGGAGACGGGGAUGUCCGUCCGUCGACAACUUCGCUCAGCGUGCGUGAGCGCAGGUCUGGUCAGCAGCACGGAUAUUUCCGAGCUCGAUGACGCGGCGGAGGGGGAAUUUAUUCCAAUGUCCGAAGAGGCCGGAGAAGAGCUGCUCAAGUGCUUUUUGAAAGCGUUUGUGAGCCGCACGGCCGUCCUCGGCGCCGACGGAGCGUAUAGAACGGUCAGGGGUAAACACGUGGUGAUUGUGCAUCCGAGUAGCGUUAUGUUUGGACGGAAGAGGGAAGCAGUCAUGUUUCUGGAACACGUUUUUACGAAUAAGAAUUAUGCCAAGAAGUGUUCAGGGGUGCAGGCGGAUUGGAUUGCUGAGGUGUUGGCGGGAGAGGGAGAGGAGUGAGUGAGGG